UAACCAUGUAUGCUGAUGAUACAAAAAUAUGGCGUAGAAUCACGUCCCAGGAUGACCAUUGGCUGCUCCAGCGGGAUAUUAACAGUCUUCAAAAUUGGGCUCAUCAUAAUAAGAUGGUGUUUCACCCUUCAAAAAGUCACGUUCUUUCUAUUACCCGAGCAUAUUCUAUGAAUCGUAGUGUUAAUUUUGUGUACUCAAUGAAUGAAACGGCUAUCGAAUACACAGACAUUGAAAAAGAUCUUGGAGUACAUAUCAAUAGUAAGUUAGAUUGGUCACAUCACUGUGAUAUGAUAUACUCUAAGGCUAGUCAGAGGUUAGGCCUUCUAAAAAGAACAUGUUACUUCACCAAGAACACUAAAAAACGUCGGGCCUUCUAUCUAUCUCAGGUUAGAAGUCAUUUCGAACACUGCACAAUUGUCUGGCGGCCUCAUUCAGAAACCUCGGUGGAGAAACUUGAAUCGAUACAAAAAAGAGGUAUCAAGUGGAUCCUUAAUGAUAUUUACUCGAGCCUUAGGGACAAAAAAAGGUAUUUCAUAGCGUGUAAGGAACUAAAUAUCCUUCCACUCUCGGUAAGGUUUGAUUACAAGGAUAUAUUAUAUUUUCAUAAUAUUUUUUAUGACAUGUCAGUUGUGACAUUUCCACCUUACUUACGACGUUUCAUGGGAAGUAGGUUAAGGCGAUCACAUCUAGACGAUCUCAGUAUGAUUAGUGACAUUUCUCCUCAAGUUCCACAAAACCUUACGUCAAGCCAGACCAGAUGUUCAGGCAUAUCUAAGUCUUACUUUUACAGAGCACACAUUCUUUGGAAUAAACUCCCUUAUGAAUUAAGGGAAAUCUCAAGGCCAUCCGUGUUUAAAACCCAUUUAAUUAAGUACCUCUGGACAGUUCUAAACGACCAUAUAACAUCCUCUGACAGUUAAACAAUUUACCUUAAUGUAACUAUAUUGUCUAAAUAUA